AUGAAACCAGACGAAGGCGAUCGCUUGCAGCGCCUCGACUCAAUCAAACAACCCGGCCGGGUCAACUUGAAUCCACAGGUUUUCAAAAACCAUGGUGCUUCAGCUGGAGCUUCAAUGAGUCAUUCUCAUAGUCAGAUAAUGUCUCUUCCGAUUGUUCCUCCAACUGUUUCUGCCCGUUUCGCGAGUAUGAAGGACCAUUUUGAUUUGACUGGAAAGUGCAGUCUUUGUGAGAUUCGAUCAAAGGACCUUUUAAUUGAUGAAUCAACCCAUUUCAUUUCUAUUGUUCCUUUUGCUGCCACUUUUCCUUUUGAAAUAUGGAUCAUUCCUCGGGACCACUCUUCACAUUUUCACGAAAUAGAUGCCGAGAAGGCGGUUGAUCUUGGGGGUUUACUGAAACUUAUGCUUCUAAAGAUGUCUUUGCAGUUGAACAAUCCACCAUUCAAUUUCAUGAUCCACGCUUCCCCACUUCAUGUGACCCCCUCACUGUUUCCUUACCUUCACUGGUUUCUUCAAAUAGUACCCCAGUUGAGUGGUGUAGGGGGGUUCGAGUUAGGGACGGGUUGUUACAUAAAUCCUGUUUUUCCAGAGGACGCUGCAAAAGUCUUGAGGGAAGUAAGUGUUCCUAACUAA